AAUUAGAUUUGCUGGUGGAAAGAGCUUUGCACUUUUAUAGCUCACCCAGACUGCAGUAAUAUUUAGCUUUCAUGCUUGUGUGUUUGUAGUUCUGCGUCAUAUCUUCUGUAAACCUCACGGCACAGAACGGACGAUGACUAGCGUCAGUUUCAGAGUUAGCGAUCUAGCAAACUGGAUGCUGGACGGUGUUGGAUAUUGCCGCUUUUAACCUCUUCGUGAAACCUCGCUAGACUUCGGACUAAAGAUGGACUUGAGCUCGUGUUGUUGGAGGCUGAGGUGUUCGGGAACAAGAGAUCCCGUGUUCCUCACGAGAGGGAGUUUCCCACCCAAUUGUCCCGUCUGCAGUGAGACACGCAUCAAACUCAGCGUCUACGGUGUGAGUGACGGCCACCAGCAGACGAGCCACAUCUUGGGAAGUAGCAGCUUCUCGGUGGCCGAUCUCCUCCAGUCCAGAGGCCAGCAGCUUUCUCUCAGCCUGAGGACAGCAGAUGAUUCAGCGACAGUGGGCACAGUGGUGCUGAGCCGGAUGAAGAUGGGUGAGAUCGAGGAUGGCGAGGUGGACCACAUUACCGCCGACAUGCACCAGAAGUGCACGCUGGUGUACGAGUCGUCGCAUGGAACCAUUAAUGACAAGGAUAACGGACCAAUAAUGAAUUCUGUGUUUAAGAACGCGGUGUGUAAGGUGUAUAGGUUUCAGACGGUGGAGAGUAAAUGGAUGUUGGUGCGGGAACAGAUGGCGGAGUGCACACUGUCCUUCAGCGUCCCGAAGCAGCUCAUCGCCCUCUACAUUCAGGAGGACACCUGCAGGUGAGAUUCAGAGCGAUGCGAGGGCGGCUAGGA